CCGGCAGGGCAAGCGACAAAAAACCGGGGUUUCCCCCCUUAGCUCAAGGUCUGGAUCCGCCUCUGAUAUAUAUAAAACAACUAAAAAUGCCAUUCUAUGCCAUUAUUGGCCACUUAUGAAUAAAACACUUGCCCAAAAAUACUACUAAAAUUGAUUUCGGGAGAGAAACAUGGAUUUAAUUUAAUUUGAAAAAUGAUUCUUAGUUUUAAUUGAGUGGUUCCUUUUUAAAUGAUUGUUCAACAUAGGUGAAAGACGAUACAAAAAGGCCGCUGGGAUUCACCCAAAGGUGACCACAUUGCUUAAUAGAGGUGGACAUAAGCGACCGCUUAAUACAUGAUGGCCGAACAGGCCAUCAUGAAUAUUAUCGAAGACAUCGCACAUUUGUAUUCUUUCCUUCAAAGCGUCACUGGCAAGUCAGGGCAGCUCAAGUUCAAGGAUCGUGUGAUCGAAUACAAAGCUGAAGGUCGAAUUCGUAAACUUCAGUGGGUGUAUGAUGGUACCGCCAGGGAUGUGAAGAGUGAAACAAGUGUUGAAGCCAGACACUUCCAAAGCACUCAAGGCGCUAUUCAACACGCCAUCAAGAAGCUGAUUGAUGACCUCAAAGCCAAAGGAAUACUGAAUUGAACGCAAAUGAAACGCGUUUUUUACGCCCUUUGUAACAGUCUCUUUCGCAACCGAUCUAUAAGAUGUCACGCAAUUUGUGACAUCUCAGAGUAUGGAUGAGAAAGACACUAGCAUUCGUUAAUUUUUGUUUUUUCCAGUACGUAUAUUGUCUAAUAGAUUUUAAAAGUAAUGUUGCGGCAGGCACCAUGUCAAUUAUAAGCUAGAAAAUAUAUAAUAGUUUGUAAAAGAAAAAGAAAUUGUUAUGGACAUUUUGGAUGGAGUGCCAAUAUGUUUGGAAAACUCCAAAAACAAAUAAAAGACUUG